AUGAGGGCGAGACGGCCGGGCGGCGCGCGUCCGAUCGACCCCAUGGAGCGGCUGCAGGUGGCGCUACCCAGUCUGCCUCCGCUGCCCGGUGAGAAUGCCGCCGACUCCGGCUCCGGCUCCGGCUCCGGCUCCGGCACCGGCUCCGGGCGCGGCUCCGGGGGACAGGUGACACUCACACUGGUGCGGAGGUCGCCGCCCGGGCACGGCCUCGAGCGGCCCCGGCCGGUACCGCGGCGCGACCAGCAGGUGAACACUGAGAUUACUCUGACCGGCGGCCGGCCGGGGAGACCAGCGCGCCCCGCGCGAGAUACCGCAGUCGAGGUCACCCCGCAGCUGAUCCGACAGGCCCUGCGGCAGCUCAUCCAGGCGGGCCGGCGGCGCUCGCUCGAGUCGGCUGUCGUUCCGCCGGCUCCGGCCCCUGCUCCUGCUCCGGCUCCGGCCCUAGCGCCGGUACCGGCUCCAGCUGAUCCUGCCGCCGAGACCGCCCGGUCGGAGGGUCCAGCCGAACUGAUCAGUAGCUGGGGCCUGCUGAUGUCCGGACGGCGGAAGAACGUCAACAUCUACCUGGGCGUGCCGGACCUCCGGACUGACGCAGCCAGCGACGAUGAGCGCUCCGUACUCAGCGCGUGUCGUCUGAUACAACCCAACUCGGUGGUCCGCACACCCAUCGCGCCGGCAUCUAAAACUGCCCCCCGGCCCGACCAGCCGACCGGUCAUCAGGACAGCGCUGGUCCCCAGCCGCACACCACUUCGAUCCAGGCCGCAAGAGCUGCUCCCGUCACCAAGAAGGUGACACUGGGCGCCGCAAAACCCGGCCGGCGGCGCACGGCACGGCGAGCCAGCGAUGUAGUGACCCAGGUGAGCCGUGCCGGGUCCGAGCCGGACCGUGACGUGGAACAUGACCCGGACCAUGACCUAGACCACGACCCAGACCCCGAGCCAGCCACAGAGGUUGCCAACCGGGUCAGUCCGCGCCGCAGCCAGGUACGCUCAGCGUUCCGGCGACCCGUGCUCGCUCAGCGGGCAAUCGGUGCACUGAAGUCGGCCGCGGCUGGAGAGACUGGCGGACGACCUCUCAAGGAGAGUGGAGCUCAGAAGACCGCCGCGGAAGGAGGGACUGCCGGUCAGCCGGCGGCGGAUGGCAGCACCGAUCAGAAGAAGGCGACAAAUGGCCGCAAUUUGAAUGCAGAGAGGACGGCGUCGGUGCCGGCGAAUGGGGACGUCUCUGGAGUCCCGGGGCCCCGCUCCACCCCCGCCCCGGUGUCUGACUCGGAGCGUCCGUCGGCUACGGCAGUCUGCCCGGCGACGGCAGCCACCGGCACGUGA